AUGGGCUUUUGUCAGCCUAGACAGUGCAUCUGCACAAGUUCCUCUGUGGAUAAGAGGCUACAAAGUUACAUCAAAAAGGAAUAUGAUCUAAAUACAAUCAAUGUCAAACUCAGAGAGCUGGAAAUAGCCUUCAACACUAAAGAAACUGCACUGGCCACACUCCUUGGUGAGAAUCAGAAUCUGAAAGGAGAGACCGACAACUUGAAAGAUCAAAUUGGGCAGCUGGAAGCUGAAUUAGCUGCUGCCAAGGAGAAACUCGCAAGUGAAACCUUAUUAAAGGUCGAUCUUGAAAACCGUUGUCAGUCUCUCCUUGAGGACCUGGAAUUUCGUAAAGUCAUGUAUGAGGAGGAAAUUAAUGAAGCAAAAAAGAAAUAUGAAGCUUCCUUGGCUCAGCUUUCUUCUUCUGGAUAUCGUGUUGAAUAUCAACAAAAAUUGGCCCAGGCUCUUCACGAAAUGAGACAACAGCAUGAUGUACAACUGAAGCUUUACCAAGAAGAACUUAAACAGACUUACUCUGCCCAACUUGAAAAUGCUAGGCUUGCCUCUGAAAGGAGUGAAUCCACAGCUAAGUCAGUAAGAGAAGAACUGAAUGAAAGUCACGUGCGAAUUGAAAAUCUGUCUUCUCAUGUUAGCAGCCUUCAGAAAGAGUCUAGAGCAUGGCAGAAGAAAGUGGAAGAGCUUGAAGACAUCUUGGCCAAGGAAAAGGAAAACUGUUGCAAAACACUCUUUGCAAAGGAGAAGGAAGUGGAAGAGAUAAGAACUCUGAUGCAGGAGCAGCUCAGUGACCAUGAAAAACUAUUGGAUGUGAAACUGGGCCUUGAUAUGGAAAUAAGUGCCUAUAGGAAGUUGCUGGAAGCUGAAGAGGAAAGAUUGCAACUUUCUGGAAGCCCAUCUUCCCGUGUGACUGUGUCACAGGCUUCAUCAAGCCACAGCGUCUGUACAACCAGGGGGAAGAGGAGGAGGCUUGAUGUAGAGGAAUCUGAAGCUAGCAGUAGUGUCAGCAUUUCCCACUUAGCUUCUACAACUGGCAGUGUCUCCAUUGAGGAGAUAGAUGUAGAUGGAAAAUUUAUCCAGCUGAAGAACACCUCCAAACAGGAUCAACCUAUGGGAGGCUGGGAGAUGAUCCGAAAAAUAGGGAACAGUUCUGUCAGUUACAGAUUUACCUUAAAAUACACACUAAAGGCGGGUCAGACUGUUACAAUCUGGGCUUCAGAUUCUGGUGUUGCUGCCAACCCUCCUAGUGACCUCAUCUGGAAGAAUGAGACUUCUUGGGGCACUGGUGAAGAUGUGAAAGUUGUGCUGAAAAAUUCUUAUGGAGAGGUGGUUGCUCAGAGAAGUACCGUCUUUAAAACAACUAUGCAUAAAGGGGAAGAGGUGGGAGCAGAGGGAGAAGUAGAUGAAACUGUGGAAGAAGGAUUUCAUCAGCCACAGGUAUCUUGGUUUAGUUAA